GGUUGUGAAUGUCACAUGGUUUUUCUUGGGUCAUGUAUAUUGACAGAUGAACACAUUGGCCUUAUUCUUUGUAGGGAAAUGGCUCUUGAAGGUCUCUUUCCCACGAAAGAUGAAGAGAAAACCAUGAGUCAGAAUUGUGACCUUAAAUAUCCUGAUCUUGGAGAGAUGCUAGAUUUUAUUUGUAAACAGCAGCCAAGAUUGUUGGAUUCCACCGGAAUGGGAGGGGAAGCACUUAUUUUUCCGUCAAAAAUGUAUGUGGUUAUGAUUAAGUUUUUGCUGAAGUCCUUUGAGGCAGGUUUUCAACAGGAUGGCACUGUUGGGGGGACAUCUGAAUUUAACUCCUCGGUGGAGACACUGUGUCUGUUGCUAGAACAUGCUAUGGUAUAUGAAGGUUCAGUUGAAUUGCAUGCUACUGCCUCAAAAGGAUUAAUUGCUAUUGGAUCUCAUAUGCCUGAGAUGAUAUCUACACGCUAUGCGGGGAAAAUUUUGUGGUUAAAACAACUACUAGGGCAUUUGGAUUUUGAAACACGUGAAUCUGCAGCACGCUUACUUGGAAUAGCUUGCUCUGCUCUUUCUAAUGCAGAAGCAUCUGCUCUUAUUUCUGAACUUGUUUCCUCCAUUAGCGGAACACAUAAUUUAAGGUUUGAAGGUCAUCAUGGUGCAUUGAGUUCGAUAGGAUAUGUUACUGCAGAAUAUAUGUCAGGAACAGGGCCUAUAUCAGAGGAACUGCUUCAACGAACGAUUAAGUGCCUUGUAGAUGUGGUUAAUUCUGAGACUGCAACAUUGGCUUCCAUUGCUAUGCAAGCACUAGGUCACAUUGGACUGUGUGGUUCAUUACCUAUGCUUGUUCUUGAUUCUGGCUCGGAUGGUGUUUUGACAAUUUUACGUGAAAGGUUGGCGAAGCUACUCUCUGGUGAUGAUAUCAAAGUUACCCAGAAAAUUUUGCUUUCGCUGGGACACAUCUGUAUGAAAGAGACAUCGUUCCCAGUUAUAAGUGUUGCCCUUGAUUUAAUUUUCAGUCUUUGCCGUUCAAAGGUUGAAGAAAUACUCUUCGCUGCUGGAGAGGCUCUUUCAUUUUUGUGGGGUGGGGUUCCUGUGACGUCUGAAGUGAUUCUCAAAACAGAUUAUACAUCCCUUUCCCUCUCGUCAAGGUUUCUAACUGGUGAUGUGCCUUCAUUUCCAUCAAGGCGCAUGUCCACUGAAGAGAGUGAAGCCAGUGAGGAUUGCCAUACCAUGGUCAGAGAUGUAAUAACUAGAAAGCUUUUUGAUGUUCUUCUGUACAGUAGCAGAAAAGAAGAGCGCUGUGCUGGGAGCGUGUGGCUCCUCUCACUGACAAUGUAUUGUGGGCAUCAUCCGAAAAUCCAACAAUUGCUUCCUGAAAUUCAAGAAGCAUUUUCACACCUCCUUGGUGAACAGAAUGAGCUUACUCAAGAGCUUGCAUCUCAAGGCAUGAGUAUUGUGUAUGAGCUUGGUGAUGAAUCAAUGAAGAAAGACUUGGUAAAUGCACUUGUUGGAACACUGACUGGUUCUGGGAAGAGAAAAAGAGCCAUUAAGCUUGUUGAGAACUCUGAAGUCUUUCAAGAUGGGGCCAUUGGUGAAAGUCUUACUGGAGGGAAACUUAGCACCUACAAGGAGCUCUGCGGUUUAGCAAAUGAGAUGGGAAAACCAGACUUGAUUUACAAAUUUAUGGAUCUGGCCAAUUAUCAAGCUUCUUUAAAUUCAAAAAGGGGUGCUGCGUUUGGGUUUUCCAAGAUAGCGAAACAAGCUGGGGAUGCUCUUCAACCACACUUACGAUUACUAAUUCCCAGGCUUUUCCGUUACCAGUAUGAUCCUGAUAAAAAUGUGCAGGAUGCGAUGGCACACAUCUGGAAGUCACUUGUGGCAGAUUCAAAGAAAACUAUAGAUGAACACUUGGACCUAAUUAUUGAUGAUCUAUUGACUCAAUGUGGAUCCAGGCUUUGGCGCUCACGAGAGGCUUCUUGUCUUGCCCUUGCAGAUAUAGUCCAAGGGCGUAAGUUUGAUGAGGUAUCAAAGCAUUUGAAUAGAAUAUGGACAGCGGCAUUUCGUGCCAUGGAUGAUAUAAAGGAAACUGUACGGACUUCAGGAGAUAGUUUAUGCCGUGCUGUGAGUUCAUUAACAAUGAGAUUAUGCGAUGUUUCACUUACCCCAAUGUCAGAAGCAAGGCAAACAAUGGAUAUUGUUUUGCCUUUCUUGCUAGUUGAAGGGAUAAUGAGUAAAGUCUCCAAUAUCAGAAAGGCAUCCAUAGGAAUGGUUAUGAAGCUCUCAAAGGGUGCUGGGAUUGCAAUUCGUCCACAUUUGCCAGAUCUAGUUUGCUGCAUGUUGGAAAGUUUGUCAAGUCUUGAAGACCAGGGGCUUAAUUAUGUUGAGUUGCAUGCUGCAAGCAUUGGAAUCCAGACUGAGAAGCUUGAGCAUAUGCGAAUUUCAGUUGCGAAGGGCUCUCCCAUGUGGGAAACUCUUGACCUAUGCCUUAAAGUUGUUGAUGCAGAGUCAUUGGAUCAAUUGGUACCUCGCCUUGGUCAGUUGGUUCGCUCUGGGGUUGGACUGAACACAAGGGUUGGCGUUGCUAGCUUUAUUACCUUACUUGUUCAAAAAGUCGGUGCUGAUAUAAAACCAUUCACAAGCAUGCUUUUGAAGAUCUUGUUUCCUGCCGUUAAGGAGGAGAAAAGUAGUGCAGCAAAACGUGCCUUUGCAAGUGCUUGUGGAGUCACAUUGAAGCAUUCAGCUCCUUCUCAGGCACAGAAGUUUAUUGAAGACACUGUAGGGUUGCAUACUGGUGAUAGAAGUGCUCAGAUAUCUUGUGUGGUUCUGCUGAAGAACUUUUCACAACUGGCUGCAGAUGUUGUGAAUGGAUAUCAUGCGACAAUCAUUCCUGUUGCUUUUGUUUCGAGAUUUGAAGAUGACAAGGAUGUCAGUGGCCUCUUUGAGGAGUGGUGGGAAGAAAAUACGAGCAGUGAAAGAGUCACCCUUCAAUUGUAUCUGGCUGAAAUCGUCCCUCUUCUUUGUGAGGGUAUUGGGUCAUCAUCAUGGGCAAGUAAGAAAAAGUCAGCCAAAGCAGUCAGAAAGCUGAGUGAAGUUUUGGGUGACUCUCUUUCGCCUCACCAUCAUGUCUUGCUAAAAUCUCUUCUGAAAGAAGCAUCUGGUCGUUUGUGGGAGGGAAAGGAUACUAUUUUAUAUGCAAUAGCUGCUCUUUGUACGUCAUGCCACAAGGCUAUUUCUGUUGAAGAUCCCACAUCCCUGAGUUCCAUUUUGAGUGUAAUAUCAUCAGCAUGUACCAAAAAGGUCAGAGCAUACAGUGAAGCUGCUUUCUCUUGUCUGAAACAGGUUGUAAAAGCAUUUGGUAAUCCAGAGUUAUUUGUUAUGGUUUUUCCUUUAUUAUUUGAUCUGUGCAAUCAAAGCAUUGUUGGAAAGCCUGGGCAAGCAACUUUGUCCAAUGACGCGAGUAAUACAGGAGAGGAGAAAGCAGAAGAUAUUUCUCCGUCACAUGAUAAGGUUCUGGACUGUAUAGCAUCUUGUAUAAGUGUAGCACAUUUAAAUGACAUACUUGAACAGAGGAAGAACUUGAUGCAUGUGUUUUUAUCUGCACUUGCUCCUGGUUUGCCAUGGACAGCCAAAGUUUCAAUAUUUUCAUCAAUUAAAGAGCUCAGGUCAAAGUUCCUUCCCAUUGUUAAUGACUCUCAGAACAACUCUCUACAUGCUGGCGCAGCUUCUUUCAUUCAUGAGAUGUUUCACUCUGUGUCACCCAAAGUAGUUGAAUGCAUAAGCACAGUAAAGAUUGCACAGGUUCACAUUGCUGCUUCAGAGUGCCUUCUAGAAUUGACCGAGCUGUACAAAGUAUUUACUCCAGUACAGUGGAAAGAUAUAGGAUUUAAAAAUGAGCUCAUUCAUCUAUGUGAAGUGGAAAAGAAUGAAUUGGCAAAGUCAACAUUAAGGAAAUGUAUCAACAUUAUUGAACAUCUUGAGCAAGGAAGUGCUCCAGUGGUCUGACUUUAUAUCAAACAGAGAAGCCAUAAUGCUCUUUGUAGAUAGCGUAGAAGGUUUGAUCAGAUGGUCUGUAACAUAUUCCAUUAUAAAUCUUUACAUAUUCUAGCUUUAAUCAGUGCAUUUUCUUUCCCUUUUCACUUCCUUUUUUCAGUAUCAAAUUAUUAGUGAAAAUUUGAGUGUAUACUAUUUGUGAUUUAUCUUGGAGGCUAUGUUUGAUUGCAAGAAAAAUUUAAAGGGAAGAGAAUUGAAAAUUUCUAACUUGAACAAGAAACUUAUGUAAUUAUUACCUCGUGUGAUCUCAUGUGAUUGUUUAAACUA